UUUCGACCCAUUUGUCGCAAUCUUCUGAGUGCUUUUAGUAUUUCACACCUUUUCUAUCGCAAAGAAUCCCAUCUAUAAUGAGUGUCCAAGCCUAUCAUGAAGAACAAGAGGAGAUGCAAGAGGAGGAGGAGAUGGGAAUGCCCCUCAAAAUCAGCAAAUUGGAGGAAUUUGGAAUAUCAUCCGGGGAUGUAGCCAAACUGGCUAGUGCAGGGUACCACACCGUUGAAGCUAUUGCCUAUACACCGAAGAAACAACUGCUAGCUAUCAAAGGAAUAUCUGAAGCGAAGGCAGAUAAAAUCUUGACAGAGGCGGCGAAACUGGUGCCAAUGGGAUUCACAACUGCGACAGAGUUUUAUCAAAGACGGAAUGAGAUUAUUACCCUACAGACAGGCUCGAAGGAAUUGGACAAGUUGCUAGGAGGUGGUAUUGAGACGGGCGCCAUUACCGAGAUCUUUGGCGAGUUCCGCACGGGUAAAACACAGUUAUGUCACACGUUGGCAGUUAUAUGUCAGCUCCCUAUCGACAUGGGUGGUGGCGAAGGAAAAUGUUUGUACAUUGACACGGAGGGGACAUUUCGACCUGAGCGAUUACUCGCCGUUGCUGAACGGUUUGGAUUGAAUGGCGAUGAAGUUCUGGAUAACGUUGCGUAUGCACGAGCGUACCAUACAGAUCACCAGAAACAGUUGCUGGUUCAGGCAGCGGCCAUGAUGGCUGAGACAAGAUAUUGCUUGCUAGUGGUAGACAGCGCCACUGCUCUCUACCGAACAGACUACUCUGGACGUGGAGAACUCUCCGCACGGCAAAUGCACCUUGCGCAGUUCUUGCGGACGUUGAUGAGGAUGGCGGAUGAGUUUGGAGUAGCAGUAGUCAUUACGAACCAAGUGGUAGCACAAGUUGACGGUGCUGCAAUGUUCAACGCGGAUCCAAAGAAGCCGAUUGGCGGAAAUAUCAUGGCACACGCAUCAACAACACGACUCUAUUUGCGAAAGGGACGCGGGGAGAACCGAAUCUGCAAAAUCUACGAUUCUCCGAAUCUACCUGAAGCUGAGGCCAUGUUUUCCAUCGGGGAGAACGGGAUUGGUGAUCCAAAAGAGUGACAUGCUAUUGUUUCAGGUUAGACUGUUAAGAGAGUAACGUUAUGGGGGAUUGGGUGCUUUUUUCUUUCUAUUAUUUAGUCUUCGUGGACCGUAGUACUUUUCUCCUCUGUUAUCAUGUUAGCAACUGGUAAAUAAAUUCACGUACAUAUGUCAA